GGUGAAGAGGGUCAGAGCGAGCGUGACGUUCGCUGCGGCAACAUUGUGGUGUGUUUCUCUUAAAAAAAAAAACUCAACAGUGGACAAGUCAAUUCCACGUGUUAAUAAACGUGAAAACUUGCGUCAUUCAAAGAAAAAACUUUCGGGGAAUCCACAAUGGUUUUAGACAUCGAUCUUUUCCGCGAAGAUAAGGGUAACAACCCGGAAAAAGUGCGUGAAAACCAACGGAAACGUUUUAAAGAUGUUGGCUUGGUGGAGGCGGUUAUCGAGAAAGACAAGUUUUGGAGACAGCUGCGACACCGUGCCGACAAUUUAAAUAAGUUGAAAAAUGUCUGUAGCAAAGAAAUUGGGGAAAGGAUGAAGAAGAAAGAAGCUUUGGGCGACGACGAUACCAUUCCUAAGGACAUCUCCGAAAAUCUUGAUGCGCUCACUGUCGAUAACCUAAAACCUUUGACUGUCGUGCAAAUAAAGAAAAUUCGAGCUCUAAUCGAUGAAGCAAUUGUUGCAAAUGAUGGAGAACUUUCAAAAACAGUGUCAUCGAGGGAUUUGGCUCUUCGCGAAGUAGGAAAUCAUCUGGAUGCUUCAGUGCCUGUCAGUAAUGAUGAGGAAGAAAAUAAGGUUGAAAGAACAUUUGGUGACUGUGAACAACGUAAAAAAUACUCCCAUGUUGAUCUAAUUCACAUGAUCGAUGGAAUGGACGGCGAAAGAGGAACAGCCGUUGCUGGUGGAAGAGGAUAUUUCCUGACCGGACCUGCUGUAUUUUUGGAGCAUGCUCUAAUCCAAUACGCGUUAAGAAAACUUUUUGACAAGGAUUACAAGCCUCUGUACACUCCAUUCUUCAUGCGCAAGGAUGCGAUGCAAGAAGUUGCCCAAUUGGCACAGUUCGAUGAGGAAUUAUACAAAGUUACUGGCAAAGCAAGUGAAAAAGGAGAUGAAAAAGAUGCGGAGGAAAAAUAUCUGAUUGCAACUUCAGAGCAACCUAUCGCUGCUUUCCAUAGGAAUGAAUGGAUUCCCGAAGCUAGUCUGCCCAUAAAGUAUGCUGGACUUUCGACAUGUUUUAGACAAGAGGUUGGAUCUCAUGGACGUGAUACAAGAGGAAUUUUUAGGGUUCAUCAAUUCGAAAAGGUGGAACAAUUUUGUCUGACAUCGCCCCACGACAACAAAUCUUGGGAAAUGAUGGAAGAAAUGAUUACGAAUGCGGAGGAGUUUUACCAAGACCUUGAUAUUCCUUAUCGCAUCGUAAAUAUCGUUUCAGGUGCACUGAAUCAUGCUGCAUCGAAAAAACUCGAUUUGGAAGCGUGGUUCCCAGGCUCGGGAGCUUUUCGCGAAUUGGUCUCGUGUAGCAAUUGUCUUGAUUAUCAAGCUCGACGAUUGUUGGUCAGAUAUGGACAAACGAAGAAGAUGAACGCAGCUGUGGAUUACGUGCACAUGUUGAACGCAACGAUGUGCGCUGUGACUCGCGUCAUUUGCGCAAUUCUCGAAGUUCAUCAAACAGAAACGGGAAUCAAAGUUCCAAAAGCAAUUUCGUCAUUCAUGCCAACGAAAUAUCAGGAAGAAAUUCCUUUCGUCAAACCUGCGCCAAUCGAAGAGGCUGAGACAAAGAAGCAGAAAAAGCAAAAGGAAAAUAUGGCUAAAUAAAGGCUUAUAUCCGUGAAUGGAAAAUGGAAAAAUAUCAACUUACUGGAGCUUCUUUUUCAUUGCAUUUGAAUAAGCAUUUUUAGUCAAGGGACUACAAAUAAAGCGCUUUGUUAUUAAAAAAAAAAAAAGACUAUACGAAUUUAUCUUUGACUUAACCCAGAGCAAAACUCGAUCGCUGAUGGAACAUUUUUUCCUGCAACAUUUUAUAUUAUAGCAUCAAAAAUACACCGAAAGUAUGAUUAUUAAGUAAAAAUAUUGUGCAAAUAAAAACUAACGAUUCGUCAA